UGAACAAAUUGUAGUUUCUGCGUAUGAGGCCGAGCAAUAAAACAACCAAGAUGAAUAGCUUAUUUACUAAAUCUAUUAAACUUAACAACCUUGGACGUGCAGUACCAUUAGCAAUUUUUAAAAAUUGUGAAAUUAUUCUUAUUCGCCAAUUCUCUAAGCAGGAGUCAAAGCUCGCAAAAUUAGCUGAGGUAGGACGAUUGGAGACCGCCAAAUUGGAUGGAAAAUAUGAAACUGGCCAAUUGUUUCUGCACCGCAUAUUCGGAUACCGGGGUGUUGUCCUUUUCCCAUGGUCUGCGCGCGUAUACGAUAGGGAUCUACAUAAUCCGAACAAGCAGAAACAAAGAGUGAAUGUCAAUAGUUCUUCUGAUGCAGCGGUUGCGAACGAGAGAGGAAAACGGAGUACAGGUGGUCACAUAUCGACUUCAACCGAAAACGCACCAUCUGAGCAAGGAAGUACGGAAGCACAAUCAACGGUUGGAGAUGUAAAUACGAGCUCAUCUUCUACGACCAGUAAUUCCGAUACAUCCGCGAAAGAGGUGAAGGGCAAACUACAUACAUUCUAUCAAGUGCUAAUUGACUCACGCGAUUGCCCGUACAUUCGUGCGCAAACUGAGGCAGUGACAUUCUUAGGGAAUCAGGAUUCGAAUCGCAGCCUUUACGCUAUUCCAGGCCUAGAUUAUGUAGCACAUGAUGAUAUAAUGCCUUAUUCGACAGGGGAGAAACAUCCACUGCAACACGAACUUUUCGACAAGUUUUUGACACAUGUACCAGACAAAGAACCACCUUUUCAAGGCCAGGAUACGUUGAAAGCAUGGCAGGAGAAAAACCACCCUUGGUUGGAAUUAAGUGAUGUUCAUAAGGAAACCACGGAGAAUAUACGUGUUACUGUGAUACCUUUCUAUAUGGGCUGUCGUGAAACCCCUGCCUCUUCUGUUUACUGGUGGCGAUAUUGCAUACGUCUAGAAAAUUUGGGUGUACUUAGCGUACAGUUACGCGAAAGACAUUGGCGUAUAUUUUCUCUUUCGGGCACACUGGAAACUGUUCGUGGACGUGGAGUUGUUGGACAAGAACCUAUUCUCAGCCCCAGAUUGCCGGCAUUUCAAUAUAGCAGUCAUGUUAGUUUACAAGCACCUAGCGGACACAUGUGGGGAACAUUUCGGUUGGAGCGAGAAGACGGCCACACCUUCGAUUGUAAAAUACCUCCAUUCUCUCUAGAAAGUAAACCCGAGGAACCAGGAACUGGACUCUCUAACACUGGGGCUAACGGUGGCGGCAAUGUUGGUAGUAAUAAACCGGACAACGUCGAAUAAUUCGAUAUGUUGCACACAAUUAUGGAACUGUAUAGAUAUGAUUGACGUAUCCCAAUUUGAGGGAACAAGAAAAUAAAGGUAGUAAGUUUAAGUAGUUCACUUCUAUUUAUCAAGUGUGUAAAAUAAAAAGUCGCUUACUGAUAGCAACGUAAUUUCAGCUGAAGCUGAAAUCUGGAGACUGAAUUGCUAUAUUUGCUGGUACUUCAAAAUUCUCACCCUUAUUGCGAGUGUCGACUAGUAGUACAUAAACGACUGUUAGUCGAUUAUCGAUUAUUCGUGGUAUUUCAAACUCGUUUUCCUGUUUAAUAAGAACGCGUGAAUAGUUUAUAGUCGCUCAUGCUUGUACAAUUAAACAGUUGUAGAAAAAUUAGUAAUAAACAAGUAAUUUUUAGCAAAAAAAACC